GAUGCGGGUGCGCGCUCUCGCCCUGCCGCUCCUCGGCGCCUGGCUGAGCCUGUGGCGGUGCGGGGGCGAGCGGCGGGGGCCGGCGGGGCGCGCCCACCGAGUGCAGCGGGGUCACUGCAGCUUCACCUUCCUGCUGCCCGACUUGGAGCCUUGCGGAGCGGCCGAGCGGCGCGGCACCAACUCCCUGCAGCGGGACGCCCCGCCGGGCAAGGCGGACACUUCGGCGCAGAAACUCCGGCGGCUGGAGACGGCGACCGGGAACAACACCCAGUGGCUGCAGAAGCUUGAAAGUUAUAUCCAGGACAACAUCAGACCAGAGAUGGUUCAGCUGCAGCAGAGUGCUGUGCACAACCACACGGCGACCAUGCUGGAGAUCAGCACCAACCUGCUGAGCCAGACGGUGGAGCAGACCCGCAAGCUGACUGACAUUGAAACUCAGGUUUUAAACCAGACGUCAAGGAUUGAAAUUCGGCUGUUGGAGAUUUCCCUUUCCAGAAACCAGCUGGAGAAACAGCUGAUGCUGCAAACCGCCGAGAUCAGCAGGAUGCAGGAGCAGAGUCGCCUUUUAGAGAGGAAGGUGUUGGACAUGGAGGCCAGGCAUCAGAGUGAGGUGGGCUCCAUCAAGAGGGACAGGGAGCUGCUGCAGCACCUUCUGGCCCAGCAGAUCAGCACCGUCAGGGAGCUGGAGACACGCCUGCAUGCGGCCAGCAGGAACAACAGCGGCCUCCAGCACCAGCAGCUGCAGCUGGUGGACAACAUCCAACGUCUCGUCACUCUGGUCUCCCAGGGGAAAGCAGCAGGGAUGAAGGAAGAAGAGAAGGUCUACAGAGACUGCGCAGAGGCCUCAGCGUCUGGUGCCACCAUGAGCGGCGUUUACACCAUCCGUAUUGAGAACACCACAGACCCUCGGAAGGUUUACUGCGACAUGGAAACGAGUGCAGGGGGCUGGACAGUGAUACAGAGGAGAUUUAAUGGCAGCCUGGACUUCCAGAAAAACUGGAAGGAAUACAAACUGGGUUUCGGGGACAUCUCAGCCGAGCACUGGCUGGGGAAUGAAGCCAUCUACCUGCUGACCAAUCAACGGGCUUACUCCUUACGGAUCGAGCUGAGGGACUGGGAUGAAAACCAAGUCUAUGGCUUGUACGAGAAGUUCCACUUGAGCAGCGAGAGACAGAAAUACAGGCUGUACCUGAGGGGAUACAAUGGGACAGGAGGACUGCGGAGCAGCCUGGCAGCGCAUGGCGCAAGCUUCAGCACCAGGGAUGCAGACAACGACAACUGCCUCUGCAAGUGUGCGCAGUUAUUAACUGGAGGCUGGUGGUUCGAUGCCUGCGGUCUGUCCAACCUCAACGGGAUGUACUACCCAGCCGGCAACCACAAGCGAAAACUCAACGGCAUCAAGUGGCACUACUUCAGGGGCCCCAGCUACUCCCUGCGGGCCACCACCAUGAUGAUCAGGCCCUCGGACUUCUGACCGAACGUGUGGGGCUGACACCAAGCUGAGGUCAAGGGCGCCCAAGGACAAUAUUCUCUGGACGUGGGCUUGGGGGCAAAGAGUGGGAUUGUCAGCACUGAUGGGGGGCAUGGCAGGCACAGGAAGAGUAUGGGGAACUGCCCUGCCAUUCAAUAAGACCAUGACUGAUCUGUUCUGUGCCAGUUCCCCAUAGCCCUCAAUUCUUUGAUCUUUCAAAUAUCAAUCUAUUUCCUAUUUACAUAUUCCCAAAGAUCUCGUCUCCACAACCCUUGAGGGUAGAGAACUCCAGAAGACAUUCCUUCACACCUCAGUUUUAAAUGAAUGUCCUCUAAUCUUGUAACAUUUUGGAAGGAGAUAUAGAACAGGUCUUUGCAUUAAGGAACGCACAUGAAUGUUCAAAGAUAUUGAAGAUUUUACAAGUCAACUCCAGAGGAUCCCCUGCAGUGGAACUAACUCAAUUCUGAUGCUUCUGGAAGGAGUCGUAAAUGAAAGAUUGUUAUUGAGCUGUUCUGAAUUUCAUUAAGCAUGUUUUUCUUCUUUUCAAAUCCACUUAAUCAUGCAAAUUUGUACAAGAUAUUUGCAACCGAUGAAUCACUUGUUAAUUUAAAAUGUCAGCUAUGAUUUGGAUCAAGUGUAAAUGUUGAUAACAGUGGGCUCCCAUUGGCUGGCCCUCAAAAUGCAGGCACCAUGCAAGAGGUUUUGGAAAAAUGUCAAGUAUUAAAUCUGACCCGUUCUUUCGACAUCAACUCAGCACCUCAACCACUUAAACCCAGUGCUCCCACCCAGAUAAACCCAAUGCUCCCACCCGGAUAAACCCAAUGCAUCCAACCGGAUAAACCCAAUGCAUCCAACCAGAUAAACUCAAUGCCUCUAACCAGUUAAAUUCAAUACCACUAACCAGUUAAACCCAAUUCUGCUGACCGAUUAAACCCAAUACCCGAAUCCAGUUAAACCCAAUGCUGCCAACUAGUUAACACAAUGCCCCUAACCAGUUAAACCCAAUGCUACCAACCACCAUUGAUAAAGCACCUUAGGUGCAGUGUCAGAUCUGAAGCUGCAUCCCAGGGGCGUUGUCAGGCAGCGCUCGAGGACAAGCCAUUUGAGGAUGGGUGACCAGAUAUUUGGUUGGAGUUUUAGGAAGGUUUUAAGAAGGAAAGUUUUCAGGAGCUCAUGCUGAGUAAGAUGUCUAUCUAAGCUAGUCCCAUUUGCCUGCGCUUGGCCCAAAUCCCUCUAAAUUUUUCAUUCCAUGUACCCAUCUAAAUGUCUUUUGAACACUGUAAAUGUACCCACCUCUACCACUUCCUCUGGCAGCUCAUUCCAUAUACCCACCACCCUCUGUGUGAGAAAGUUUCCCCUCACAUCCCUUUUAAAUUUUUCCCUUCUCGCCUUAAAUCUAUGUCCACUGAUUUUGGACUCCCCUACCCUGGGAAAAAGACUGACCCUCCACCCUAUCUAUGCCCCUCAUGAUUUUAUAAACCUCUAUAAGGUCACCCCUCAGCCUCCCACGCUCUAGGGAAAACAGUCCCAGCCUAUCCAGUCUCACCUUAUGACUCAAGCCCUCCAGUCCUGAUAACAUCCUCGUGAAUCUUUCCUGCACCCUUUUCAGCUUAAUGACAUCCUUCCUAUAGAUGGGUGACCAGAGCUGCACGCAAUACACAAUGGCCUCGCCAACAACUUGCGACAUGAUGUCCUAACUUCUGUACUCAAUGCCCUGACCAAUGAAGUCAAGCGUGCCAAACACCUUCUGUCUAGCUGUGUCACCACUAUCGGGGAACUAUGUACCCUGUACUCCUAGGUGUCCCUGUUCUACAACACUGUCCAGGGCCCUACCAUUUACUGUGCAAGUCCUGCCCUGGCUUAACUGACCAAAAUGCAACACCUCGCUCUUGUCCAAGUUAAACUCCAUCUGCCAUUCCUUGGCCCACUUCCCCAGUUCAUUUAGAUUCAGUUGCAAUGUGAGAUAACCUUCUUCACUGUCCAUGAUACCACUGAUUUUGGUAUCAUCUGCAUAGGAUGUAGGAGGAAACCAGAGCACCUGAUGGAAGCCCACACGACUAUAGGGAGAAUGUGAAAAAUCCAUGCAGACCAGCAGCCAAGGUUAGGAUCAAACCCAGGUCACUGUUGCACCAAUGUACCACCCACCAUAAACAUUCAGUGUGUCCACUGCCAGUACACAGUGACUGCAGUGUGCGCCAUCUACAGAAUGCUCUGCUGUCACUCUCUUAGUUUACUCCAAUCAUGCCUCCCAAUUCCAUGAUCUCCACCAACAAGAAGGCCAAGGGCAGCAGUUCCAAGGACACCACCACCAGCAAGUUCCCCUCCAUGUCACACACCAGCCUGACUCGGAAAUAUAUGGUCAUUCCUUCAUUGUCACUGGGUCUAAAUCCUGGAACUCCCUACCCAACAGAAGCUUAACCAGAAAGACUUGCAGCAGUUUAAGAAGGCAGCUCACCACCACCUUCUCAAGGGCAAUUAGGGAUGGGAAAUAAAUGUUGGCUUUAUCACUGGCAUCCAGAUCCUGUAAGUGAAUAAUAAAGAGAAAAUCCCAAAUACAUUGGAAAAUGAAGAGAUGUCUGUGGUACUGGGAUAAAUCAGCUCACACUUGUUACACGUUCUGGCAGAACCUUAUCUCCUGAACGUUUGAGCCCUUCACCAUCUGUCCGCCUGAGUGCUUUUGGGAUUCUUCUGUAAAAACAGCAGAUGUAUUGCAAGUGCGGAGAGGAGUUCUGCUCAAGACAAUGAACCCGUCCAUGCAGAAUCAUACAUUUCCAGCUGUCAAUGCACAUCCCAUGGACCUGCUGCUUCCAUGGCACUCCUAACUGGGUGGGAAUAAUGUGCAGAUGCCUUUCCGAUGGAGAUGAUGGACCACAGAGCCAUGGGUUAGAUCCAAGUUACCGGAUGCUUAAUCUGAGGGAGGAUUUGGAGACUGCAGAGAAAGUACAAAAGAAACUCAACAGAAUAGAUGUGGAAAUUGGAUGGUGAAGCGGACUUGUUGGGCCGAAUGGCCUUCCCCUCCUAGUUCCAAGGAAAAGCCUUAAUCAAUGUAGAAUAAAGUGCCUGUUUGGUCCAAUUUACCUUUGUGGGGUCUUUGAAAGUGCUGUAAGAUUACUUGUUUCUAUCCUGAUGUUAUAAGACUCUUGAACAGAGCUCUUGUACAUUAUAGAUGAACUCUUGAUCUCUCAAUCUACCUCGUCAUGGCCCUUGCAUCUUAUUGUCUACCUACACUGCACUUUCUCUGUAACUGUUACACUUUAUUCUGUAUUCUGCUUUUCCCUUUGUACUACCUCGACAUACUGAUGUCUUGGACUGAUCUGUCUGGAUGCCAUUGCAAAACAAGGUUUUUGCUGUUUCUCAGUACCUAUGACAAUGAUAAACCAUUCACCAAUUACCACUCCUGCUUUUUCCCCAAACGCCCAGAAAUAGCUUCUUUUAAUUAAUUUAUCCAUUUCCUUCUGAAAGAUCCCUAUGAAUUUGCUUCCAGGCAACACACUACACAAGUACCAUCUCCUCUCCCCUUUGGUUCUUUUACCUUUUAACUUUCAUCCACAUCCUCUGCUUACUGACCCCACAGUUUCUGCUAAUUUACUCCAUCAAAACCCCUCUCCAGUUCAUAGAGUCACACGGCAUCCGAGCAGGCGCUUCAGCCCAUUGCGUCCAUGCCAGCCAUCAAGUACCGAUGCUAUCUAUGCUAAUCCCAUUUUCCUGUACUUAGCCCAUCGCCUUCUGCGCACGGUGUUUCAAAUUCUCAUUUAAAAACAUAUUAAAUGUUGUGAGAGUUUCUGUGUCCACUACCCCCUCAGACAGUGUGUCCCAGAUUUCAACCAUCCUCUGCGUGAAAAAAUAUCAUUCCUCAAAUCCCCUCGAAACUCCCUGAAAUUCCCUGUCCCCUAACUUAAACCUAUAUUCUAUGUUUCUAAAGAGGAAAUGAUUCUCACCAUCUGCACCGCCUAUGCCCCUCAUAAUUUUGUAUACCUCAGUCAGAUGCCAGCCACCCCCCCCCCCCCCCACCCCCAGCUCACUCCAUUUCUGGGAAAGUAAACCAUUUUCUCAAGAAAUAAAUUGGGAGUAGAGAGCGUUUGGAUCCCAAGAAAACAGUGGAUCAGUGGAAUUGCAUAUUCCACAUGAGACAUAGGAAUUAAUGUUCUCUUUCAAUUCCGAUGACAAAGUUAUGGCUGUAAUGGUUGUAAACUUAUAGGGGAGUCCAAAUAGAGGUCAUAGGUUUAAGCUGAGAGGGGAAUGAUUUAAAGGGGACCUGAGGGGCAAGUUUUUUCAACAGAGAAUGGUGGGUCAUUACUCCUUUCUUUGAAAUACUUAUUUAUUUCUGUAAUUUAUAGAUUUUUAUGUCUUGCACUGUACUGCUGCCACAAAACAACACAUUUCACAUCAUAUGUCAGUGAUCUGAUUCUGAUUCUGGGAAUGUGGAACGAGCUGCCAGAGCAAGUGGUAGAGGCGGGUACAAUUACGCAGGUAUGUGGAUAAAUGAAAUAAAUUUAAAUUGGUUUAUUAUUGUCACAUGUACCAAGGUACAGUGAAAAACUUAUCUUGAAUACCGUUCAUACAGGUCAAUUCAUUACAGCAGUGCAUUGAGGCAGUACAAGGUAAAAGCAAUAACACAGUGCAGAAUAAAGUGUUACAGUUACAGAGAAAGUGCAGUGCAGGUAGACAGUAAGGUGCAAGGUCACAAUGAGGUAGAUAGUGAGGUCAAGAGUCCAUCUUAGGUACUAUGGAACCAUUUAAUGGUCUUAUAACAGCAGGAUAGAAGCUGUCCUUGAGACUGGUGGUACGUACUUUCAGGCUUUUGUAUCUUCUGCCUGCUUGGGGGGGGGGGGGGAAGAAGAGAGAACGUUCAGGGUGGGUGAGGUCUUUGAUUAUGUUGGCUGCUUUAGUGAGACAGUGAGAAGUGUAGACAGGGCCCGUGGAGGAGAGGCUGGUUUCUGUGAUGGGCUGAGCUGUGUCCACAACUCUCUGCAGUUUCUUGCGGUCAUGGGCAGAGCAGUUGCCGUAGCAAGAUAGGAAAGGUUUAGAGGGAUAUGGACCAAACGCAGAUAAAUGUGACUAGCUCAGGAAGGCAGCUUGGUCGGCAUGGACGAGUUGGACUGAAGGGCCUGUUUCCGUGCUGUAUAACUCAAUGACUAUAAUGUACUUGUUGAUUCAAUUAAUAAAACUUUAUAUUAAUGA